AUGACAAACAACAUUCGAUUUCCAUCGGGUUUCCUGAAAGCAGCAGAUGUCAAUCCUUCUACGCUCGAACAUUUUUGCGAUUUCUAUGCUGCGGCCAUUAUAAGCGGUGGGCCUAACCUUUUGCUCAAAAGCACGCAAGGCAGCGUGGAUGCAGUUUUAUGUCAUGCCCACACCUUGAUAAUUUCGUCACCUGUGAAUGUCCCUGCCAACCACACCUCUCUGAUAACCUACUGGCAAGACAAUAGCGAAGACUUUACACUUCUCUCAAAAAAAAUCGGUGUGACCUGCACCAGCAGUCCAAGUGUUCCAACGUGGCCAAACAUCGCAGCUAAAUGCAUUGGAGUAAAUCCUCUCAAAUCUUUUUCAUCUAAAGAGAUUUCCUUUUGA